CAGCUGUUCUGUCACUCCAGAAAGUGAGCUUGUUUCACUACAGUGCACGGCCCAGGCAGAGGCCUUACUAAUCAACAAUGGAAUGCCAGGGUACCAUCAAUGAUAACACUCAAGUCCCUCCUGAUGGAACUGGGACGCAGCAACCUGUCCAAUCACCAACAUCGACGCCCGGCGCCGAUCAAUCAGAGCCGGCUGGGAUCGCCCCGGCAUUGCCACAGCCACCAGAGGAGAGCCCAAAAGCUGUCAGCAUGCCUGACCAGGCACCGGUGAAGACGGCCUCUCCCAACGCAAAGGAGGCGGCUCCUGUUCAGAGUGACUCGGCCGUCCCUGACAUCGCAGAGGAACUGGACAGGCAGCUGGAGGACAUCCUCAAAAGCUACGGCUCUGGGGAAAGCCCAGCGAGCGAGGAGGCUGAGGGCGAAGCCGAGAGAGGGGAGGUCGUCACUGUCGGAGAUGGGGAAUCUGAAGACUGCAAUGGGGAGGCUGAGAUAGAGCAAUCGGAGCCCGCGGUGCCUGAUGAAGCAAACAAGGAGACGGGUAAGGAACAGAAACUGGAGAAGAAGAAACUGAAAGGGCUGGGGAAGGAAGUUGCCGUCUUGAUGCAGAACCUGAGUAAAACCAGCUCAGCCGAGGAGAGGCAGGAUGCUCUGGUCGGCAAGUAUGCCGAGCUGUUGGAAGAGUAUCGCGGAGAGCAGAAACAGAGGAAGAUGCUGCAGAAGAAAAUGGCCCAGCUCGGCAAAGAGAAGGACCAGCUGCAGAGUGAGCACAGCAGGGCUGUCCUAGCUCGCAGCAAGCUCGAGAGCUUGUGCCGGGAACUCCAGAGACACAACAAGACACUCAAGGAGGAGAGUCUGCAGCGAGCGAGGGUGGAGGAGGAGAAACGCAAAGAGGUGACCAAACAUUUCCAGGACACCCUGCUGGACAUCCAGUCUCAGAUAGACCAGCACAGUCAGCGGAACAUCAAACUGUGUGAGGAAAACACUGAGCUCGCCAACAAACUGAAAAGCAUCAUCGAGCAGUACGAUACACGGGAGGAGCACUUUGAGAAGGUCUUCAAACACAAGGACCUGCAGCAACAGCUGAUGGAUGCGAAGCUCGCACAAGCACAGGAGCUGAUGAAAGAAGCAGUGGAACGUCACCAGCGAGAGAAGGAAUAUCUACUGAAUCAAGCGUCUGAGUGGAAGCUGCAAACCAACAUCAUGAAGGAACAAGAAACCCUGCUCAAAGCCCAGCUCAAACUGUACUCUGAGAAGUUCGAGGAAUUCCAGGGGACGCUGACAAAAAGCAACGAAAUGUUCAACAGCUUCAAGCAGGACAUGGAAAAGAUGACAAAGAGGAUGAAGAAACUGGAGAAGGAGACUAUAAUGUGGAAGACGAAGUGGGAAUCCUGCAACAAAGCUCUCCUGGACAUGACUGAUGAGAGAGAAGUACGAUCCAAGGAAUAUGAUUGCUUUCAGCUGAAGAUCCAGAGGUUGGAAAACCUUUGUAGAGCACUUCAGGAGGAAAGGACUGAGCUGUAUAAGAGGAUAAUGAAUGUGCGCAUCAAGGCAGAUGAACCAGAGUCCCAGGCAGGUGAAAGAGAGGGUGUUGAAGAAGAGCAGGAGCAGGGGGAAGGUGCAGAGACAUCAGUGGGUUCCACUUUGGGAGAGAGCCGUCUGCAGGACCUGGCCAUGGCGUUCAAAGUGGUACAUUGCGGAGAAGAAGCCGCUCACAAGGAUGGCACAAGGGAUGAUGAUGUUUCUCCAGAGUCCGAGCCAGAAAGCACACUGUCCAUCGCGGAGACUCUAAGGUCCCUAUUACAAGAUAACCAGACAGGCGCAGCCGCAGAACCACCCACUCCAGUUCCUGCUCCUGUUCCUGCUCCAGCUCCAGCUCCUGUUCCGGUACCGGAUACCACUCCUCCUCCAGCUACAACUCCACCUACAAUUCCAGCUUGUGUUCCAGAUACUGCUCAGGAAACAGGAGGUUCCACAAAGGAACCGGGCCUUGGCCAGGGGGAAGUUACAGACAGGAUAGAAGAAACGGACAUGGAUGCAGUUGACUGACUGACAGUGUCUAACUAACUACACUUCUCAAUCAGUUUUUAAAACUCACCACUAAAGGAUUGAUUUGUUUUCCAAUAUUGGGUGCAAUGAAAUGAAAAUAUAUCCUUA